AUGGGCAAAACUCUGGACGCACAAUUCGAAGCGGCAGUCUGGAUCAUCCAGGCGCUCCCGAAAGACGGUCAGUUUCGAUCCGUUCCAUUCCCAUUUCCGUGCGUUAAAGGUCCGAUCAAAACGACGAUAAACGAUCAGCUGCUGAUGUACAGUCUGUUCAAACAGGCGACCGUCGGCCCGUGCAACACCCAGCAGCCGUACUUUUAUAAAAUCGAGGAAAGACUGAAAUGGAAUGCGUGGAACGAAUUGGGCGAAAUGGAGAAGGAUGAGGCGAAGGCUCGGUACAUAGAGAAGAUGCUCCAAUUGGUAGGUUUCUCAUCCAAUUACUCAUUUCAAAUGACUCCGCUCUACAGUGUGACAAGGCGGAAAAAGAGCACGACCUGAUGAACUACCUGAACGACCCGACAGUGGCCGACCUCUUGCCGAAACAAGAUCAACUCCGUGAGCACUUUGCCACGUUGGGACGGACGACUGUGAAGGGAUACGAAGGAGAGACGGUCACUGUAAACGGAGUCUCAAUUUCUUUCUGA